AUGGAGAGGCUUUCUAAACUUGAUACCGAUAAUGACGACGCCGCGGAGACACUGGAUCUCACAAGGACGUUGAUCAUGACUGGGAUCAAGUCCGCUUCCAAGACCCUCCAGAUCAUAUCUCAGAACGACAGUCUGCUGGAGGUAUUCCUCCUAUACAACCUCGAAUUUACAUACGCCGCCGCAAUACACCUCGCAAUGGCGAGCGCAUUAUCCCCCGAGGCCUUUGACGGUAAGGCCUCCGCCCAAGAGGCCCAUUCCAUUCUGGACCAAAUGAUCAGUAACGGGAACAAGGUCGCCAGAGUCCGCAAGGAGGAGUUACUGCAUCUCGAAGGCCUAUUCCACGAGGUUGCUGCACGAGCGGAAUCGAAAGGCCUGCAGCCACUUUCAUUGACGACUGCCCUUGGCCGCGAAGUGGAUCCUGAUGAACAUGGCUUCAGAGUCGGCACAGAGGAGCAACACCUAAGACAGCUUUCAGACGAUAUGCUACCGGAUGCCCAUGGUGACCCGGAAUACGAUCACUCGAUGUAUCAUGGGGAUGUGUUGAUGCCGAGUACCGAGCUGCUAAACGAUAUUGGGAUAUCGUCGGUGGAGUUCCUGGGGAUUAUCGAGCAGAUUGGGAAUCCGGAUACUGGUUAUUCGCUGCUUGAUUUGGGUCAAUAG